ACAUUGGAAUUAAUGUCAAUUCAACAAUGUAUCGUAAUUGUAAUAAUUUUUAUUAAAUUGUAAAAACCUUAUCUAUUAAUUAAACGCUAGAUCUGGAAAUUUUGUUAGCACAAUAUUAUUUGUGUACUUGUAACAGUUUUUUGAGAACAAGCUUUGAUUGUGCUGUGUCGAAUAAGAAUUAUUGCGAUCAAGAUGAUUCAACCGGACUUCUCCCCAGCUAUAGGUUUCCUUGAUCAUUUGAAUUCUGACGAAUUAAAGGAAAUACUCAACGAUGAUACAAAAUUUGAUGCAGUUUUGAAAGACGUAAAACAGGUGAAAGAUUGGGAGACAGAAAAGGAAAUGAUGAUUGCCAGCAACAGAUCCUUGGCUGAGUUUAAUCUGAGCCAGGAACCUGAAUUAGAAAAGUUAAAAAGUCAAGUACAACAAAAAUCGGAACUUGGUGAACAGUUAUGUAAUCAUAUUCAAGAACUUUUAGAUGAAUAUAAAAAUAAAUCAGCUGGUAUAUCACCGGAUACAACGUUAGCACUGCUUCAAACAGCUGCAGCGGAAUCAGAAGAACAAUCCGAAAAUAUUGCACAAGACUUUCUAUCAGGGAAAGUUGAUGUUGAUAAGUUUCUUGAAGAUUUUGAACCAAUUCGCAAGAAGAUGCACUUACAGAAAUUCAAAGCGGACAAAAUGAGUGAAUUGUUACGGUCUGGAAGUCAAAGUUCUUACGGUAAUGGCCUAGCUAAACCAUUCUUGCCGUACCCGAGUUAUGCUCAGAAUGUACCAAGCGUACCAUACCCAGUUGGACCUUUAAAUAUGCCAAUGCCCGGAAUGUACGGUAACCAUUUUUAAUUACGUAAAUAAGUUUUUUUAUUAUCAUGUGGAUCGUGAUUUUUUAUAUUAAUGUCGUAAAAAGUACUCGACAAUGCUUCGAAAUUCAAUUACAAUUAAGUUUUUUUUU